AUGUUUAUACUGAUGACAUCUGGACCAGUAACAUAUUUGGGUAACAAUGCUGCUGAACAAGUGUUCAUUGCUGGAUGUUUGGUAUUUAAUAUAGUUGUUUCUGGAACAUUCCAGGGUUCUUUAACCAAAGCAUACACCGCAACUAUAUAUUAUCCUGACAUAAAUACUUUAGAAGAUUUGGAUGAAUCAGGCCUUUAUAUUUACACUAGUUCUCCUGGUAUGAUGGAUUUAUUCGGAAGUGGUAGCGAUGAUGAGGUGAUAAACGCCCUUGGUCGAAAACUUUGUCUUACAGAAAAAAGGAAGAGUAUAAAACUUGUCGCAAAAAAUAGAAAUAUUGCAUCAGUGGAACGUUAUGAUGAUGCCAAGUUAUUGGAAACAGUCACUAUGUAUGGUCAAGUCCACGUAAUCCCUGAAUGUCCAAGGGAUUAUCAUAUAUCAUACAUUGUUAGAGUUGGAUGGCCAAUGCUUCCUGAUUUUGAUAAAAUGAUUCAAGAUAUAUUGAAGCUGGACUUACAUUUUUGUGGUUUGAUCGUUCUGUAUACGAAAUUGCUCUUCCUUUCAGGUUAA